UCCCAACCCUUUCCUAGCCUAAAGUUUGGGUGUUAGCUAGGCAUGGUGGCACAGACCUUUAAUCUCAGCACUCAGGAGACAGGCAGACUGAUCUGAGUUCAAGGCCAGCCUGGUCUACAGAGCAAGUUUGGAACAGCCAGGGUUACAUAAAGAAACCCUGUCGGGGGUUGGAGAGGCAGGAAAUAAAAUCCAAGAACGUGACUGAAAUGAGCCCAGGGAGGGUAGAAUUGGAACAGUUAUCUGAACCUUAAGGGAGCGAGUAUGGGGACUUCACUGUCAGAUCUAAAGUUCCCUCACGUUACUCUGUCUUAAACAGAGGUUCCGUUCUUGCUGUGGCUAUAGCUUGGUGGUCCAGCACAGAGCAUGGGUUCAAUCCCUAGUAUGUGGGAUGGGGUACUUCAAUAUUGGGUUAGAAAAGACCCCUUCCUGAUAAGCCAGUACCCACCGACCUGCUCUGUGUAAACACUUGGAGAAGAGCUGCUCUGGGGGGAUGGGAGGAGUCAGGGUCAGAGCCCUGCCCCAGACCUGGUUCCAAUUUCUGCCUGUCAGCUGUACUCUCAGCUGUCCACUGUCCUCCAGCCCUGUCACUUCAGCCCUGCCACCACAGUGAGAGGGGAGGCUCCAAGGCCUACCUACUAAUACUGUCUGGGUAGCUGGUGUGGGUCCAGAAGGUACCAGAAGGAAGAGGGCUAGCCCUCCCCACAGCGCCAUCAAGGUCUCAGAGACGCCCUUUCCACAGUGAAUUGAUUUAGGGAGUCUGGAAAGAUGACAGAAAAGGAGGUGGUGGAGUCCCCUCAGCCCCCCUUUCCAGGAGAGACUCCGCAAAGUGGGCUACAGCGACUGAAGCAGUUAUUCAAGAAGGGCUCUCCAGAGACAGCAGAGAUGGCACCUCCCCCAGAGCCCCAGGCCAAUGGAGAGGCGGUGGGUGCUGGGGGUGGGCCCAUUUACUAUAUCUAUGAGGAAGAAGAAGAGGAGGAAGAAGAGGAGGAACCACCCCCAGAGCCUCCCAAGCUUGUCAACGACAAGCCCCACAAGUUCAAAGAUCACUUCUUCAAGAAGCCCAAGUUCUGUGAUGUCUGUGCCCGGAUGAUUGUGCUCAAUAACAAGUUUGGACUCCGCUGUAAGAACUGCAAAACCAACAUCCAUGAACACUGUCAGUCCUACGUGGAGAUGCAGAGAUGCUUUGGCAAGAUCCCACCUGGUUUCCGUCGGGCCUAUAGCUCCCCACUCUACAGCAACCAACAGUAUGCUGUCUCUGCUGCCAAUCGCAACGACCCCGUGUUCGAAACCCUUCGCGUCGGGGUGAUCAUGGCAAACAAGGAACGGAAGAAGGGACAGGCAGAUAAGAAAAAUCCUCUGGCAGCCAUGAUGGAGGAGGAGCCAGAGUCAGCCAGGCCAGAGGAGGGCAAGUCACAGGACGGAAACAAUGCAGAAAAGGACAAGAAGGCCGAGAAGAAAACUCCUGAUGACAAACACAAGCAGCCUGGUUUCCAGCAGUCUCAUUACUUUGUGGCUCUCUAUCGGUUCAAAGCCCUGGAGAAGGAUGAUCUGGAUUUCCCGCCAGGGGAGAAGAUCACAGUCAUUGAUGACUCCAAUGAGGAGUGGUGGCGGGGGAAAAUUGGAGAGAAGGUCGGAUUCUUCCCUCCAAACUUCAUCAUUCGGGUCCGCGCUGGAGAGCGUGUACACCGCGUCACCAGAUCCUUUGUGGGGAACCGAGAGAUUGGGCAGAUCACUCUCAAGAAGGACCAGAUCGUAGUGCAGAAAGGAGAUGAAGCUGGUGGCUACGUCAAGGUCUACACCGGCCGCAAGGUGGGGCUGUUUCCCACCGACUUCCUGGAGGAGAUUUAGGUGUAGGUGUACUGGCACCUGCUGGCGGGAGACACCCACGCCUCAUUCUGGGCGGGGCCCAGUGCGGACUGGGGAGGGAAGGGGCAAGGGGAGUCCUAGAUGGGGAGGGUCUGGUUCCCACCUCUCUCCCCUGCUUAGGGCUUCGGAUACCUGGUGCGUUGAGCAGCCUGCACCGAUAAGGCCCACACUUCAGGUCCAUCCAACCUUCAAGAGCUUGGGGUGGUGGAGGGGAAGCAUCUCCAUAAGGAGUGGUAGAACUGUCAGAUGUUUCGAAUUUAUUAAAGUUUUAACAAAAGUUAGAAAA